CGGAAACCGAAACUAAACACACAUCAGACAAACCAAAAUGGGAGCGUCGUUGGACACUCCAGCGACAUGUCCCCUGUGCAACGAGCUGACCCGGGACCCCGUCACUCUCAAGUGUAAUCACCGCUUCUGCCAGCGCUGCAUCGGGGACUUGUGGAGUGUUGUUCCGAACGGCCCGUACCACUGUCCCGAGUGGAGGUGUAAAACAGUGUACCAUACGCUUCCGUUUGAUCACAACUUGAUACGACGCAAGCAACCGAGCCAGAGUCCAUGGCCUUCCCCGCGCAGCAAUGCAGGCACUUCCAAAACCAAUGAGCAAACCACCACAUCUAGCUCCUCCCUGGGUCGGCCCUCCCUUUCCAGUCGCCUGCUCGGUAAAAGAAAGGCCAGCACUUCAGUUGUAGAUGUACCAGAGACGAAAAGAUCAAAUUUGUUACCGAAAGAGAAGUCCAAUAACACUCCAAGGACAUCCUUGACUGAUGAAUCUGGUGUGGAAACCAUUGAAGAAGCACCUGUCCAAAACCCUGUCCCAUCCACAUCAACAGAGACCAGUGGCACCUCUGAAAGUAAAAACAAGCCAGCUAAAAUUCCCCAAGAUGACCCCUCUGUCCUUGUUGUUGAGCGUAAAUCAGAAGAGGUUAUCAAUUUGGAUCAGUCUGACAGUGAAGUAGAUAUAUGUGAUGCCCCUUUGCCAGCAAGUCCCAAAACCAUCCCCCAAAAUCAUCCAUCACCGAGGAAACCCACUUCCACCUCUAGCCCGUCCCACGCGACUGCCUCUCCAAAACAAAAUGAAUCAAGUCACGCUAGCCAACGCCCUACACUGUUCAGCACACAUCGGGUUGCUCCUUCAGACUCCACUAAUUACACAAACAUCUCACCUCGUUCUGAAAGCAACAAAAACAAGCAAAUACCCUGCAAUUAUUGUCCAAAAUUAGCAUAUCAAUUUGCGGUGAAGACUUGCUUGGUGUGUGGGGCAUCCAUGUGUACAGAGCACCUGCGGCCUCAUCUGGACCAGCCUGUGUUCCAGAAUCACACGCUGGUUUCCCCCAUUGAAGACACGUCGCCCUGGAGGUGUCAGGAGCACCAGGAGAUGAACCGCAUCUACUGUCGCCAGUGUGGGCUAUGUGUGUGCACCGUCUGUACCGUCAUAGGAUCUCAUCGCGACCAUGUCUGCAUCAGCAUCAGGGAGGCCGAGAAGGAGCUGAGGGGAAAUCUUAAAGAGGAGAUCAACCAACUGCAGGAAGCCGAAAAUCAAGUCAAGCACACAGUCUCUGCACUGACCCAAAAGAAGGAGGAUUUUGAAAUGAUUUUUGCCGAGACACACUCAGGAGUGAAGCAGCAGUAUGGAGCGAUCAGAGAGGCUUUGGAGCAAGAGGAGCAGAUGGCCCUGCAGUGUGUGGCCCAGGAGGAGAAGAGGGUCCUGGGGGGAUUAGAAACCAAACUUGGGCAACUCCAGAGCUCACUCCAGUCCAUCCAGCGAGGCCUGCACUCCCUGGAGGGACUGGCUGAUACAAAAGGGGACAAACAGGACCAAGCUUUCAUAAUGGAAUAUGGCAAAGUAGCGCAAAUGGCUAGUGCUAUAGGCAGCUGUGCAGAGCAGUUUGAAGCUCCAGAGGAAGUAAACCAGGCGAAGCUUCAGUGUUUACAGAAGUGGACGGAGAAACGCCUGGAUAAUGUGGUCAUCACAAUGCCAGGCAAAGACCGAGACCUCUACAGGCUGCUUUAUGGCACCGCUCCAGUUCUGGAUGAAGAUUCGGCACAUCCCAAGUUGCGUUUAUCCAAAGACAAACAUACAGUGACUUACAGUGAAUCGCAACAGGCCUAUGUCGACCACGAGUCACGUUUUACAUCCUUUCCUCAGGUUUUAGCACUAACCAGCCUGGACAGUGGCCGCUGGUACUGGGAGGUCAAGGUAUCUGUGGAUGACGGCCGUUGGAAAGUGGGAGUGAGCGAGGGGCGAAUUGAAAGAAAAGGCCAGAAAGACACCUCACGAUUGGGCUUCAACCUAUACUCCUGGUGCCUGGGGUGCGAUAGGAAAAAAGUGGAGGCCAUUCAUAAUAAAGAAGCCACACCUGUCAAUGCUGAGAAGCUUGAGAAAGUUGGAAUCUUCCUUGAUUUUGAUGAGGGCACGUUGUCAUUCUUUAACGUGACACCAGGGGGCAGUCUUGUAUUGAUGCAUUCCUACAAGCACCACUUCAACGACCCAGUUUAUCCUGCAUUCUCUGUGUCUAAAACAAAUAUUUCUAUCGCAGAUUUGUUCCGACCAUAAUUCACGUAAAAAUAGGACAAGGAAACUAGUUGACAUGUAGUGAAUACAUCAAAGCUCUGUGCCUUUUAUCUCAUCUCAUAUUUUGUAGUUUGCGCUGUAAUCAUGACAUUCCUGACUCACUGGGACCAUUAUACUUUUCACAUGGCAUCUCAAAUCAAAUUUUAAUGUCUUUUAUGUCUGUAUAAUGCAUUCAAACAUAUUUCAAGCUCUAAGACCUUUUAAGAUUCAUAGUUAAGUCAAGAUUUAUUCUUACCAUAGCUGGAUUUUCAGUCAAUUUACUUUCACUGCCUUUUAAAGAUAAUAUAGUGUCAGUUAUACUAAAGAGAUAUAUUUCUUUUCAUUGAAGAUCUACACAAAAAGAUCACUGCUCAAAUGUGCAUCUGCAAUAGCUAACCACGUACCGUUUAUCACAGUUGAGAUUCAUAAUUGUCAUAUUUUUCCCGCUUUUUCACUUGGUUUGGCUGCUUCUGUUUUGAUCCUGUUAAAGUUCCAGCCAUUCAUACUACUCAGCUUUGUUUUAGGUGCUUUGUUGCUGAGCUAGCUUAGGAUGUGGAUAUAUUUGACAAAAACUGUAUGUACAUAUAAGAUUAUAGAUUUUACACAGUGUUAAGGUUGUUCAAAUGUAAAUUAUGUUGUCAUUACUUUUUUUUAUCAACUCUUGUUUUUAAUCUGAGCCCAUGUGAUGCAAAACUAUAAACAACAAAAAAUCACAAAAUGAAAAUAAAACCUACAUAUCAAUCCAUCUUUGGCAUUUCCUGCUUUCAAUUGUAAAUAGCAGCACAGGUGUCUGAGUGGGACUGUUUGCCCUCAUAGGUGACAGUUGCAGGGCUAACUUUGAACUCAUCCUGCCCCCACAACAUGCGAGAUUUACUGACAACAAACACUGCUUUUGGCAUAAUGUACCCCUGGCGUCACACUAAAUGAAUGUCCUCGUCCUCCACACAAAAUUUAGCCUC